UUUCCACGUCCCAAGCUACUCAAUAUCUUUGCUCCAGACUAAGCAUAUUAAAAGUUUUCCUUUCCUUUUGGAACACACUAUCACCAUGGAAACUGAGCGGGCAAUCUUACACUGCCAAACCAAUUCACAAGUCUUUGAUAUAAAUAAUAAUCAAAGACGAUCUGCAAACUAUAAACCAAAUGUUUGGAAUUAUGAUUUCCUUGAGUCUCUUAACAGUGAAUACUAUGUAGAGAAAUAUAGAACACAAGCUGAGAAGUAUACAGAGAAUGUGAAGGAAAUUUUCGAUGAAACGAAGGAGCUGCAGAGUAUGUUAGAGCUAGUUGACAGCCUCAGAAAACUAGGCCUCGCGCACAAGUUUGAAAAGGAAAUUAAGAAAGCUCUGGACACCGUAGCAUCCACUGAAAACAGCAAUCCUCUCAUUGGGACGGAUCUCUAUCUUACUUCAUUAUACUUUAGGCUGCUUAGGCAGCAUGGUUAUCAAGUUUCACAAGAUCUAUUCAGUCGAUUCAUGGGUGAAAAUGGUUUAUUAAAGAAGAUAACACUAAAUAUUAAAGGAAUGCUAGAGCUUUUUGAGGCCUCAAACUUAGCCUUAGAAGGAGAACAUAUCCUUGAGGAGGCUAAAAGUCAUACAUUUGAAACCCUGAAAAGUAUCAGUAUUUCCGAUUUAGAUGACGACUGCGAAGCUGCAAAGCUCGUGGCCCAUUCAUUGGAGGUUUCCUUACAAUGGAGAGUCCACUGGUUUGACGUGAGAUGGCAGAUCAAUGCCUAUGAAAAGGACAAGAACAUGAACAAUGUUUUGCUCCAGUUGGCCAAACUCAAUUUUAACGUCGUACAAGCUAUUCAUCAAAAAGAUCUCAAGGAAUCCUCAAGGUGGUGGAAUAGCCAGGGACUUUCAAAGAAGUUGUAUUUUGCAAGAGAUAGACUUGUUGAAAGCUUUAUGUGUGCAGUGGGGGUUGCUUCCCAGCCUAAAUAUACAUAUCUCAGAAAAUGGCUCACUAAAGUCGUAAAUUUCAUCCUCAUAGUCGAUGAUAUAUAUGACAUUUAUGGCUCAUUGGAAGAGCUUAAGCAAUUCACCCGCGCCGUUGAUAGGUGGGAUGUAAGCGAAACAGAAGAGCUUCCAGAGUGUAUGAAAUUAUGUUUCCAAUCCCUUUAUGAUACUACUAACGAAAUUGCCAAUGAAAUUGAAAUGGAGAAUGGUUGGAAGCAAGUAUUGCCUCAUCUGCACAAAGCGUGGGCAGAUUUUUGUAAAUCAUUAUUUGUCGAAGCAGAAUGGUACCACAAGGGUUAUACACCAUCCCUUCAAGAGUAUUUAAGUAAUGCUUGCAUUUCAUCAUCAGGGCCUGUGCUUUUGCUUCAUUCAUUUUUCUCUGAAAAGUAUGAAGCUAAACAAGAGAUGAUAAAUUUUCUCGAGAAAAACCACGAUCUCGUUUACCAAAUAUCCCUCUUGAUUCGUCUCUGCAAUGAUUUAGGGACUUCAGCGGCUGAACAAGAGAGAGGUGAUGCUCCAUCUUCCAUCGUAUGCUAUAUGCAAGAAAUGAAUGUAAGUGAGGAUAUAGCUCAGAAGCACAUCAAAGGCAUGGUCAGCAAAACUUGGCAAAAAAUUAAUGAGAAAUCCUUUUCCCUAGUGUCUUCUCUGCCAUCACUUGUCAACGUCACCACAAAUGUCGCUCGCGUGGCCCAUAGUCUUUACCAAUCUGGUGACGGAAUUACUGUUCAAGACAGAAAGACCAAGAACAAGUUCCUGUCUCUAGUUGUUGAACCUUUCGAAUUAAAGUGAAUUGCUUGUACCUUUGUUUAAUCGACCGGCUCCUUGUUUGAACUAUAAUUAAAUAAAAAUCGAGGUUUACUUCACCAAA